UUCGUUUCCGAAAAUGCACGUGACCGCAAUGGCUGCUGCUCUCUAAACCUUGCAUCAAUUUGCGCGGCUCCGUGAACACCAGUUUCUUUGCAGAAAACUCGGCAGAGCUCUUGUCAGACAAAGCAGACCUUCCUAUACCGGGCCACUCCUCGUCAAAGGACUUCGGAAAAGAAGCACAGGACAAAACAUAAUCGGCUCGGUUCGGACUUCCACCAACCAACACGUCGGUAGGAGGAGUCAACAGAUGCCUAUGUCACUUCCAUGGCAGACCAUUGCUUUGGAGGCCGAUAGCAGCCUGACACGGCUGUAUCUCCAGGGUUAGGGCUUCGCCACGGUGCAAGGAUGAAGGUUGCCAGUCUGCUACAGGUGAGUUGCCGAGACUGAAAGUGAGUCCUCCUCGGCGAUAGGGGUUGACCUGGGGCAACUAAAACCAGCCGUCGUCAUAACGAUCUUCCUUCUCCUCCUCCACUCCGUCGUGUUGUUGUAUGAGCUCUGCUGAGUCACUGGAGAGAGAAAAGCUGUUAUCAUCCAAUCCUCCCAAGGCCUGAGAAGUCUAUCCAAUCCUGAACAAGGGAUCUGGAGUCCAUUGGUGCCAGAUGAUUCUGCCUAGCGACCUCCCUUAGUAUUUAUGUAAUUGGUGUUUCAUUCAUGGUAUAAAGCUUAGUGGCCUACUCUAGCUGUAUCUAUCUCAGUGGGACACUCUUCACAACAAGGCAGAGGACCAGCCUUUGGAAGAGAAUAGCCUAUACAUUUCUCUGAAGCGUCCACCUGGAAUAUCAACGUAACCUAACAGCUCCAUUUCACACACCUACACAAAUACACACCGUUGUUGUCCACCGUCACCCACCACCACUUCUUAAUUCAUUGGAUUACGUCGUCACCGGCGGUUGAGGUUGGGGGAUGUAGACCGACAUCACCACGGAUACCUACAGGAGACUCUUUGGACUCGGCUCAAGGUCUGCCGAGCAGAACAUGGCGGGCAAGGGUAACCCCUGCCACCCCCCGGGAGGGCCAGGGAGUGCGGGGGGCCCCACUGUCUCUGUGGGGGGAUUCCCCAUGCCUCACUACUCCUACUUCUUCCCCCACAUGCUGGGGGGGCUGUCCCCUCCCACCCUCUCCGGACUGCCUGUCAGCGGAUACAGCACCCCGUCGCCAGCCACCAUAGAGACCCAGAGCACCAGCUCGGAGGAGAUAGUCCCCAGUCCCCCCUCGCCACCUCCUCCCCCGCGAAUCUACAAACCCUGCUUCGUUUGUGCGGACAAGUCCUCGGGAUACCACUAUGGAGUCAGCGCCUGCGAGGGCUGCAAGGGUUUCUUCCGUCGAAGCAUCCAGAAGAACAUGGUGUACACCUGUCAUCGCGAGAAGGGCUGCAUCAUCAACAAGGUCACCCGCAACCGCUGCCAGUACUGCCGCCUGCAGAAGUGUUUAGAAGUGGGCAUGUCCAAGGAGUCGGUGAGGAACGACAGGAACAAGAAGAAGAAGGAGGAGAAGAAGCCUGAGUGUACUGAGAUCUACGUGCUGAGUACCGAGACGGAGCAGAUGAUCGAACGCGUUCGCAAGGCCCACAAGGAGACUUUUCCCUCGCUCUGUCAGCUGGGGAAAUACACCACGAAUAACAGUGCAGAGCACCGCGUGGCUCUAGACGUAAACCUGUGGGAUAAGUUCAGUGAGCUGUCCACUAAGUGUAUCAUCAAGACAGUGGAGUUUGCCAAACACCUGCCAGGCUUCACCACCCUCACUAUCGCUGACCAGAUCACCCUGCUCAAGGCUGCCUGUCUGGACAUACUGAUUCUGAGGAUCUGCACACGCUACACUCCAGACCAGGACACCAUGACCUUCUCAGACGGGCUGACCCUGAACAGGACCCAGAUGCACAACGCAGGCUUCGGCCCGCUCACAGACCUGGUGUUCGCCUUCGCCCAAACACUCCUCCCUCUGGAGAUGGACGACGCAGAGACCGGCCUGCUCAGCGGCAUCUGUCUGCUGUGUGGAGACCGUCAGGAUCUGGAGCAGGCAGACAAGGUGGACUUGCUACAGGAGCCCCUGCUGGAGGCUCUGAAGAUCUACGUGAGGAAGAGGAGGCCUCACAAACCGCACAUGUUCCCCAAGAUGCUGAUGAAGAUCACGGACCUCAGGAGCAUCAGCGCCAAGGGAGCAGAGAGAGUGAUCACUCUGAAGAUGGAGAUCCCAGGCUCCAUGCCCCCUCUCAUCCAGGAGAUGCUGGAGAACUCAGAGGGUCUGGAGGGCCAGGGGGCUAGCGGGGGCCGCUCCAGCGGAGGAGGGGCCCCACCAGGCAGCUGCAGCCCCAGCCUGUCCCCCAGUUCAGCUCGCAGCAGCCCCCCUGCACCCUCCCCUUAGACAGGGGUUCUCCACCACCCCCCAGACAGGGACAGCCAGAAGGCAUGACUACAGACUCCCACACUGUGACAAACCAGGCCAGAGUGGAGUGGGGUUAGGAAGAGGGCCAAGCCUGGGCCCAACCAGUACGGACUUUGACACUUUGAGGGCAAACGUAGGCCUCAAUGGACACAGCCGGCCCCCCCACUCCCAGACCGGGCACCGAAACGGGGCCGAACCCGACCCCAUCAUACUUGACUGAACAAUAGGGGGGGGCAGGCGCAUCUCACCUGGAUGGCACUAUCCCCAUCACCCCCUCACCACAACCAUAGACAUGCCUCAGAACCAGCACCAGGGAUCAGCUGCCGCCGCACAAGGAGUUUAAUCUGAGAUGUUCUGUUUACUCUCCUCAGUGACGACUCUCUGUUCCUCCUCUCUCCCCCUUAAGACAUUGGACAGGAAUUCAGGCUCGGUGCCCCGUCAGACCUGGGGUGAAGGGGUCGACAAGACACACGUCUUUCUGCAGGGAACUAGUCAGACAGACAGACAGCUGGACAUUGGGCACGAGUCAUCCUUAAAUGUUGUCAGGGACAGCAAACGGGGGGGGGCUCUCCUAUAAAACUUUGAGAGACUGGGGUUUUUUUUCUUACAAAAUAUAUAUGGAAAUAUAAAUAUAUAUAUUGAAAAAGUAAUGAUUGCAAUUUGAAUUGUCCUAGGUGGAAUGAUGCAUAAAAGAAGAGUUGCUAUCUUUUUUCCACUUUUUUUUCUCACUGUUCUUCGAACUUGUGAUUUUCCCCCCCCCUCUCCCCCCAGACCUAGUGUUUUGUUCUCUUCGUUUCACCCAGGAAUAUCGGCACACUAAGUAGUCUCAAUGGAAAUGUUUUUUUUUUUUCUAUCAAAACAAUAGAUAAGUAGAACAAAAAUGAUUUUCAGAUACAAUUCACUUUAUGCACUAGACCUCUUGCACUGUCACAUUCACAGGUUGGAUCAAAUUGAUACACAAAUUGGACCAGGUUGGAUUGGCAUCUCUCUGUUUUGUUCCGUUUACAGUAUUUCCUUUUUCGUGGGUGGAAAGUAAAACCUAGUGGCUCUAUGAUCGAGAAUCAAGUCGUUGUGGAGUUAUGAAGAUGCUCUGUAAGAAAAUAGCAGCCGUGACAAAAUGUACAUAAGAUGUAUUCCUUCUUUUUAAAGUACAUGGAGUCUAGACGUUUUUGACAUUGUCAAAGCCUUUUAUGUUCAGCUUUUUUGUUCUCGUUUUGGUAUCUGAAGGCAUUAAUCGACUUUUUUAGACCACUUAAGAAAGGGGCUGACUUCUAGGACCACCACGGCCGUUGACAACCAGUCAAGAGUUACAUUUCUACUUCACCUGAAAUAAAAAGAUACGAUUUAUGACAAUUUGUUGACCAACAACUCCGUGAUCCCCUUCUCCCCCAAGGUGGUCCCUCCCUCAUUCCACAUCUGUAUAGUGUAUGUAUUACCCCCCCCCCCCCAACACCACUGCCUCUGUAAUGCAUUACCUAUCUUAACAGUACCACUGCCUCUGUACUGUAGCACAUUGUCAGUAGGCUGUAUCUAUCUAUGUCCACGUAAACUCUGUGACCCGAUAUCAGUAGGCUCACAACACCACUGCCUAUGUAUGUAUACAUGUUCCCCAUCUCUCUCUAGUCCCCCCCACCACACAACAGCACUGCCUCUCUAAGUCUGUUCCACAAUAUCAGCACCUCUCUCUCUUUAUCUAUCACAACGCAACUGCCUCUGUUCUCACACUAUCAGUAUUUAUCUGUCUGUCAUCCCGGACUCUUGUGACACAUCCGAGUACCUAGCUAUUCCCUAGCCUGGCCUUAGAUCAAUUUGUGCUGUCUUGCCGAUGCCUGACAAUGAAAUGGGAGUCGGCAAGACCGCACAAACUGAUCUGGGAUCAGGCUAGCUAUUCCCCCCUCUCUAAUCGCUGUUUACACACUAGUGUAACUUACCUACCAAUCUCCUUUCCCCACAACACCACUGCCUCUGCUAUUCAGUAGCAGUGGAUCUGUCCUUCACAACGGAUCGAACGCUGCUCGUGGCCAACCUCACUGCAGCCAGUAUGACAACGCACAACUGUCCCGUCCCGUCCCCCCGCACUCACUUGUAAUGCAAUCGGAUGCACAACCAGCAUUUGCGGAUAAAAUAACUGUUUUGAUUAUGCCAGAUCAUUGGACGAAGAGAAUAACGUUUAAUAAAGAACCAUGUCUGUG